GCACUCCAACUAAAAGUAGGUAUGAAGUGGGAUGAAUGCAAUUGAAGAUUCACCUCCACCCUAACACCACAAUUUUCUUCCCCAUUCUCGACUGAUGUUGGAGUCAUCACGAAGGAAACAUUAUGAGUUUCCUAAUUAACUCACUUCUCUAGCAUCCCCAAGUAUAACCCGAAUCUAUUUGGAAUAAUACGGAGUAAUAUCUUUUUGACGAUAGUAAAUCUAAAAAAGAAAAACACACCUACAAUCAAAUUUACCAAAGGGAAUAAUACAAUUUUACAAUUAUAAACAAAAUUUACCAAAAAUUUCACUACAAAUAUCAAAAUCAUAAACAAGUCAUAUUUUUCUUGAAAUCCACCCUAUCAAAACCAAACCCAAAAAUCCCAAAAUCCUCAUUCUCUCUCCUCUCAAUGUCAAGCCUUUGGCAAUCAGCUCUAAACCGGGUCCUCGGAAUCGACACCGGCGGAUCAACCGCCACCACCGGUUCAGAAUACGACGGUAUUGAAUUCUGGGCCGAACCAGAGCGAGCCGGGUGGCUAACCAAGCAAGGCGAGUACAUCAAAACAUGGCGUCGUCGUUGGUUCGUCUUAAAGCAAGGAAAACUCUUCUGGUUCAAAGAAUCAAUCGUCAACCGCUCUUCUAAACCGCGCGGUGUUAUUCCGGUUUCCACCUGUUUAACCGUUAAAGGUGCUGAAGAUGUGUUGAACCGCCAAUUUGCGUUUGAGCUUUCGACUCGGUCUGAUACUAUGUAUUUUAUUGCUGAUUCUGAGAAGGAGAAGGAAGAUUGGAUUAAUUCGAUUGGCCGGUCUAUUGUUCAGCAUUCUCGCUCUGUUACAGACCGGGAGAUUGUUGAUUAUGAUAAUAGGUGAUUUUUGGUUUUGAUUUUUGAUUUGAUGGGUGUUUUUGUUGUGUUGUUGAAUUGGGUUUUUUGUUUUGUUUUCUGGGUUGUAUAUGAAUUUUUGUGUUGUUUAAUGUCAAAGUGUUUUUGGUUUUUAAUGGGAAUUUUGAUGUUUGUUUUGUGAUUAUGUUGGAUUUUGAGGUGUUAAUUGUUACGGAUGGUUUUGUAGGUCUAUUAGUUGGAUGAAUAUAUGCAGAUUAAAUCUUGAGUUUACAGGUUUUAAUUGAUUGUUUAGAAUGUAAUUUGAGUUGAAAUAUUGCUGGAAAGUUAAUUUAUCAGAUUAUCUAA